AUGGCCCCACAGAGGGCCUUGCGGCUGUCCCCGAAGAAGCCCAGCUACGCUGUGUGUGCUGUGGGGCUGGAAACGUACCUGGACGUUCACAGCGAUGUGCCCAAGGGCGCUGAGAACUUUGAGGUCUCUGGGAGCUCCGGGGUGAAGAUCUUCAUAGCCUAUGACCCAGCGCGGGUGACAGAGCCCACGGGCAGGGCCCACUGGCCCCUGGAUGCCAGCGUGGACGUGGUCAUAUCCGUGGACGCAGCCAGUAAGGCUUUAAACGACCUCAAGGUGAAGAUCUCCUACUUCGGGCAGCCGGCGGGCGGGGCCCUGGGCCACAGCGUGCUCUACCUCACGGGUGCAGACAUCUCCCUCGACGCGGACAGUGGCCGCACAGGCAAGGUGAAAAGGACCCAAGGCGACAAGAAAAGCUGGCGCUGGGGCCCUGAGGGCUACGGGGCUAUCCUGAUGGUGAACUGUGACCGGGACAGUCUCCGGUCCACGGAGAUGGACCUCACCAACACCCAGCUAACCUCGCUGGAUGACCUGCAGGACAUGUCCCCAGUGGUGCUGACCUGCGAUGCCCCUGAUGAGCUCUUUGACAGCUACAAGCUGGUCUUGAAUGUGCCACUUUCUGAUUCCAAAAGAAUGAGGGUCUUCUGCACCCGGGGUGGGAAUUCCCUCCUGGACUAUGAGCAGGUGCUGGGGCCCCAGCACCCGUCGUACAAAGUGGCCCGUCAGCCAGGGGAGCGGAAGAUCCGCCUCUAUGUGGAGGGGCUCAGCUUUCCCGACGCCGAUUUCUCGGGGCUGGUCUCCCUCAGCGUCAGCCUGGUGGACACCAAGACUCUGCCCGAGGUGCCCCUCUUCACAGACACCGUGGCCUUCCGCGUGGCCCCCUGGAUCAUGACCCCCAACACCCAGCCCCCCCUGGAGCUAUAUGUGUGCAGUGUCCUAGACGCUCAUGGCUCGAAUGAGAAGUUUCUGAAUGACAUGUCCGAUCUGGCGCUGAGAGCCAGCUGCACGCUGAUGGUCUGCCCUCGGGUUGAGAACCGAAAUGACCGCUGGAUCCAGGAUGAGAUGGAGUUUGGCUACACUGAGGCCCCGCACAAAGCCUUCCCCGUGGUCUUCGACUCCCCCCGAAACAGAGGCCUGAAGGAUUUCCCUUACAAGAGGAUACUGGGUCCUGACUUUGGAUAUGUAACCCGGGAAAUCCAGUUCACUGGUGUCUCUGGCCUUGACUCCUUCGGCAACCUGGACGUCAGCCCGCCAGUCACGGUGGAGGGCAAGGAGUACCCUCUGGGCCGGAUCCUCAUCGGCAGCUGCCUCCCCAAGUCCAGCGGGCGGCGCAUGGCCAAGGCGGUGCGGGACUUCCUGGGCGCCCAGCAGGUGCAGGCGCCCGUGGAGGUCUACUCUGACUGGCUCUCCGUGGGUCACGUGGACGAGUUCCUCAGCUUCGUGCCCACCUCCGACCAAAAGGGCUUCCGGCUUCUCCUGGCCAGCCCCAGCGCGUGCCUCAAGCUGUUCCAAGAGAAGAGAGAUGAGGGCUACGGGGAAGCAGCCCAGUUUGACGGCUUAGAGAACCAGGUAAAGAGAAGCAUUAAUGAGAUGCUGGCAGACAGGCAUCUCAGGAAUGACAACCUCUAUGCACAGAGGUGCAUCGACUGGAACCGGGAGGUGCUGAAGCGGGAGCUGGGCCUCAGCGAGCCGGACAUCGUGGACAUCCCGCAGCUGUUCUCCCUGAAGGGCGCCUACGCAGAAGCCUUCUUCCCCGACAUGGUGAACAUGGUGGUGCUGGGGAAGCACCUGGGCAUCCCCAAGCCCUUCGGGCCCAUCAUCAACGGGCGCUGCUGCCUGGAGGAGAAGGUGCGGUCCCUGCUGGAGCCGCUGGGCCUCCGCUGCGUCUUCAUCGACGACUACUUGUCCUACCACAAGCUGCUCGGGGAGAUCCACUGCGGCACCAACGUGCGCCGGAAGCCCUUCCCUUUCAAGUGGUGGCACGUGGUGCCCUGA